CUCGUCACCUGUCACUGUGUAAAAUGUAAACAUUAAACAUAAACAGUGAAUAAUUAUUUUCAAACAUAAAAAAAAUAAGUAUUUGUAAGUAUAUUCAUAAAAAUGUAAUGAAAAAGGUAAAAGUACAGAAUAAGUUAUUGGCUCUGCAGUGCUGCACGAUCCUCAGUACCUAUAUCAUGAAUAAUUACAAGAAUCAACUAGAAUCCUGUUUUGGAUUAUUGUGGUAGGUGAAACCAGAGAAAUUUAAUACACAGAUUCUAUCUUCACGUACAUAGAAAAAUAGAACGUAUACUAGAUAGAUUUGGGUAUCGUUUUCAUCAUGUUUGCGCAAAAGAAACACUACCUCUUUGUAAAAUAAUUAAGUCCAUAACUACGAAUUAUUCUGAUUUGACAGUGAUACAUUUUUUGAAUAUAGUGAGAACAAUAUUAUUUUCAAGGACACUUGGCUGAUAAUAACAUGGAGCUCCAUCAAAGAAAGGCAGUUAAAAAAGCACGACGGCGGCGCCAAAUAGGGGACCAACGAAGGAUUUUUACUGAGGAAAAAGAUAAAAGGUCUAAUGAAGACAAUAACGUAGGGGAGCUAAAAUGGGCAGAAAAAGAGAACGAAUUGCAAAAAAGUCAAGAUGAAAGAGUGAAUUCAAAAGCAAAAGUUGAAACGGAAGUCGUUCAGGCUCUCAAAGAACUAAAGAAGAAAGCGAAAAAAGAAAGACAAGCUGAAAAGAGAAGACUAUUGCAACAGCAAAUGCUUGAAGAUGAAGAAAGAGAAAAAGCAAUUGAAGAAACCGUACCCGCUAUGGUAACAAUAAAAAGAGUUAUUGGAGGUGGAAAUAAUUCUCCAACAGUUGAAAUAAAAGUUUCAACUCCUGAGGAUCAUAAGCUCAUUUAUACACUUAUUAAUGGAUCUGAUAAUUGUAAGAAAACUGGAGUAACUUAUAAAGUAAACAAAGGGUGUAAAAACAAAAAGAAUCCAAAAACUUCUAUUGAAAGAUUAGAAGCUCCAGAAAAAAUGCCACAAAGUAUAACAAAAGAACUUAAAGUUACAGUAGCUCUCGAUAUGAUUAAUAAACAACAAAAUAUUGAACCACCUAGUACCUCGCCUAGUACCAAACCUAAUAUGGUUUCUAACACUAAGAAAAUAGUAGAAAAUAAAAAGAGUAUGAAAAUGAAUGACACAAAACAGAGUCCCAGUCACGAUGAUUUGCUUGUUCCCAAUUCCCUUAUUCCACCAGGUAUUACAAUAACGAAGAUGGAUAGUUCAGGUCGAAGAGAACAAAAUGCCUUGCUGAAAAAUGACAUCGGGUCAAUGGUAACAGUUGCUGAAACUGAAAAGCUUCUUCGUAAGGGGCAAGGUAAUAAUUCUCCUUACCGGGAACCUGUAGAUUCAAAGAGAAAAACGAAAAAGAAAAUUAAAAUACCACAGGAUACUCAGUUAUCUACCUUACCACCAGUGAAAGAAAAAACCGUAUCUCUGACUCCAGAAAAGAAUAUGAUAUUUGAUCCUUUGAAAUCUAAGUUUGGACAAUUUGAUGUAAAUGCGAAAAGUUGUAAUCCUGCUAUAAUUUUUACUAACGAAAAUGGUACUGUUACGGUUACAAGAAAUUCUCGUUUACAACAAUCAAGUUCAGAUAGAGACCGUGUAGUGUCGGUCCCUUUGAGAACAAUCUCAAGCCAGAUCAAGUAUCCAGAAAUACAGAAGUUGCCAAUAUCAGCAGUAUUUACUAAUUCCCAAACACAAGACCCAGCAGGUCUUCUUCAGGCUCAAGAAAUUCUUUCUGGUUUGCAGGAAAUUCAAAUUACCAAGGUCGAUAAGAAAAAUAUUAAGCCUGAACUAAAAGAGAACAUAUAUUGCCCAAGGGAUCAGAUAACUAUCAUACCAGCGUCAAAAAAUGGAAGAGAAGCGUUUCAUUUCGAUGAAAAUGAUUGGUUAUGUGAUAGCGUGUUUUCACCGAAGUAAAACCUAAAAAGUAGGACAAUGGACCGAGAGCAAUUAGAGCUUGAGCCUUUUAUGCUUUUUCAUCCAUAACCCAUACUUUCUCACAAACCAAACAGGAGAAUACCUAACUAUUGCCAAUAAGUACCUAGUUGUUAAAUAAUGUAGAUUUUUAUAAGUUACUUUGUAUUAAACGUUUAGAAAAUA